AUGAUGAAUCCAAAGCUAUCUGCAAAUAUUAUCCUCUCAUUUUUCCUUAUCUUCUUCCAUUGUGUUGCGGGUUACAAUCUCGCGUGCCCUCCAAACACUUCUUGUUCUUCUUCGUCUUCUUCUUCUGCAUCGAAGGCUGCAGAGAAAUGCCCCAUGGAUACACUUAAGUUUGGGGUCUGUGGAAGCUGGUUGGGGUUAGUGACUGAGGUUAUUGGGAGCAAACCAAGUGAGAAAUGCUGCACUGUUGUGAAGGGCCUUGCAGAUCUUGAAGCUGCACUGUGUCUGUGCACAGCCAUUAAAGCCAAUGUGCUGGGAAAUAAUCUCAAAGUUCCUGUUGCUCUUAGUUUGGUUGUUAAUUCUUGUGGGAAGAAAGUUCCUGACGGAUUUGUUUGUGCUUAA